GGGUGCUACCUGAGCUACAACGCGUCCGGGUUCGAGCAAACCGACACUCAGUUUCUUUUCAAGAAGUGCGGCGAGGAGACGUCUGGAUCGACCGCGAAAGGGUUCGGGUUCGGUGACAGCGUGGGCAUAGAGGCGCUUGAGGCGAUGGCGGAGAAGGUUGUGAAUGGGUUCUAUGAGGGGGAGUAUGGGAAUAAUGGAUCUGCAGUUAAGGUGUUGGUUCAGUGUGAAGAGGAUUUAGGGGUUGAUGAAUGUGAGGUGUGUCUGAAUGCUGCAAUUCAGAGUUUGAGAAGUAGCUGUGGUGCUGCUUCUAGUUAUGCUCAGUUGUAUCUUCAGAAGUGUUUUAUCAGCUACACUCUUAGAAAGGAAGACAGCUUUUCCCCCACCUCGGACGACGAUUGGGGAGGUGUCAAUUUUCAUGCAACAACCAAGAAUGUGGCGAUUUGCUUGGGAGUGAUGAUGGCUAUAGUUUUGGUAGUUUGUGUGGUGCUAUGCCUCAGAAACGCAUUUUGGAAAAAGAACCCAUAUGAGAAACACACUAUAAGGUCUGCAAAUUAGAAGCAGAGUUGUCAUGCUGCUGGAAUAUAUAUAAAAAGAAAGCAAGAUAUGAUGGACCAUAUUCAUAAGUUUUAUACUAUGGAAUGGAUUGAUCUUUUGGGGAGUUUGAU